CAGUGAUGGCCUUCAACAAGCUGAUCUGUGUGGCGGCUCUGCUGACGCUGCUGAUCAACGAGUGUGACUCACAGCUCUCCGUUUGUGGUCAACCUUCACCUUCACUCAACACCAGGAUUGUUGGAGGAGAGGUAGCUCCUGCAGGCAGCUGGCCCUGGCAGGCCAGUCUGCAAACCUCCAGCCACUUCUGUGGAGGAUCUCUGAUCAACAACCAGUGGGUGCUGACUGCAGCUCACUGUGUUGUAUGGCUUAAUGGUGUGACAGUGACGGUGUAUCUGGGUCGUCAGAGUCAGGAGGGAUCCAACCCAAACGAAGUCUCUCGGACGGCAGCACAGAUAAUUUAUCACCCUAACUAUGAUUCUGUAACUUCCAACAAUGACAUUGCUCUCCUGAAGCUCUCUCUACCAGUCACCUUCACCAGUUAUAUAUCACCAGUCUGCCUGGCCGCCUCAGGCAGCAUCUUCUCCAGCGGGGUUAACUCCUGGAUCACUGGCUGGGGAAACAUUGGGAGUGGAGUCUCUCUUCCGUCUCCUCAAAACCUGAUGGAGGUGGAGGUGCCAGUUGUGGGGAAUUCGCAGUGCAAGUCUAGCUAUGGGGACAGCGCCAUUACUGACAACAUGAUAUGUGCCGGGUUGCUAGCGGGAGGGAAGGACUCCUGUCAGGGGGAUUCAGGAGGUCCGAUGGUGAGCAAGCAGGGGAACCGCUGGAUUCAAUCAGGAGUUGUAAGUUUUGGAAAUGGAUGUGCUAAGCCAAAUUUCCCAGGAGUCUACACCAGAGUAUCCCAGUAUGAGAGCUGGAUCAACAGCAUUAUCAACACCAACCAGCCGGGCUUCAUCAUCUUCACGUCCAGCAACUUAAACGUUUCCAGUACAACCUCGAACCCUACAACGCAUCCACCAACCACAACGACUGGACCUCAGCGUGUGGUCUGUGGACAGGCCCCACUGGCUUCUAGGAUUUCGGGUGGAGUGUCUGUGGCGUCGGCCGGUGAGUGGCCGUGGAUGGCCAGCUUACAGAAGAACGGCCAGCACGUGUGUGGAGGGACGCUGGUGUCUGAGAGAGACGUGCUGACCAACGCCAACUGCUUCUCAGGCUCCCCUAACGCCUCUGAGUGGACGGUCGUGUUGGGUCGGCUAAAUCAGAACGGUGUGAACCAGUUUGAGGUGUCGUUGGACGUGGUAAAUAUCAGCGUGAGCAACCUGACAGGAACCAACAUCGCAGUGCUGACGCUGUCGUCCCCCCCCCCCCUGAACGAAUACGUUUGGCCGAUCUGCCUGGACAACGGAAGAACAUUCCCAGAGGGAGCUGUAUGCUGGGCCGCCGGCUGGAGCUCUGGAGCAGGAGGAGCAAACGAACCUCUGCAGCAGUUCCAGACAACAGUGCUAAACUGUGGGAAUGCAUCAGCAGCAGACACCAUGUGCACAGGAGACUUUACUCUGGGACAGGGCGACUCUGGUGGUCCGCUCAUGUGUAAGCAGGACGGCUCCUGGUUCCAGGCAGUGGUGCUUUCAUUUGAGAAUACCUCCAACAGAAGGAAACGAGCCAGCAUGAAGACCUUUGAAAAGCUGAGCCAUUUUCAGUCCUUCCUGACCAAGAUACUGGGACCGCUCUUGUCUCCAGCAACCGUCACCACCAACAUCACAAAUGCCACAACCUCCAUCCCCACGACAACCGGUGGAGUGACAAAGCCUCACUUCUCCUCCAUCCUCUUAGGCCAUCAUCUUCUCCUCUUAGCUUUAUGCCUCCAAAUCUUCAGAUAAGCAGCAUUUACACUCUCUGAUUUACAAGAUAUGAAACAGAGAAAGCAGGUGUUUUAAUUUUAGCCCAAAAUUCUCCUUGAUAACAUUCAGCUUGUUUCUGGCUUUGGUUAUUCAAUGCAGAUCUAAAGGAUCAGAACCGUUUGGCAGCGACUUUCAAGCUGUAAACAUUUUUCUUUUCAUCCACAGAAGAAACUAAAAACAUGAAGCAAAAAUAGUUUAAAGGCUAAACCUUACAUGGUUGUAAAAUCAACCUUGAAAAAUCUAAAUAAAUGCAUCAGAUCUAUAAAUAUUAACCAACAGAAAUUUAGUCAAAAAAGCUAAGUUUAAUCUUAUCCAGUUUCUUGAAGUGUGAUUUAUCUUUACCUGAUUACUGUUACAGAUUGUAAAUCUGAUUGGUUCUGUUUCUUUAUUAAAACAAAUCAGUUCAUUCAUUUUCUAAUAUCAUGCUCACUGCCAUAAUGCUGAUUAAAAUAUGUUGAUUUUGAGGUUUAAUUUUAAAUAUAUCUGGAUAAAUUAUAAUUUUGCUGUCUUAAAAAAAUUGCUAAUAGCUUGCGGAUAGAAAAUCUAUGUACAAAACAAGCGUUGCUUCGUAUUUGUGAUGUGACACUGUGUACUAUCCAAUCCUUGAUUAAACUGGAAUAAAAUAAAUAUAUAAAAGCAAUAAAUUAAACUUAUUUUUUACAAA